GUCUUGUUUUUAAAGUGGGUGGUGCUAACACACACACACACACACACACACACACCUGCACAGCAGCGGAGCCUUUGUGAGAACCAGAUCUGUGGCUGUGCGAACCUGGACCUGCUGGUCAGGGUCUCCGCUGGGUAAAUCCCUGCCUCUCUCCUCAACAUCAUCCUCAGUCUCCGACCCCACCAUGGCUGCAGAAGACAACAGCAAGGACCUGGUCUUUGAAGGAUACUUGAAAAAACGAAAAGAUAAGAUGGUGAGACAUGACCCAUGCAAUCAGUUUAAUUUGCAGAAGUUUGCUUGGGCAAAAUACUGGUUUAGACUCCAAAAUACCACCUUAUUUUUCUACACUGAGAAACCGUGUGAGGCAUGCCAUCUCCGUGGUCAAUACUAUAUCUACACGGUUCAGUCGGUGAGAGAAAUCAAAGACAAGAGCCGUGAAUUUCUAUUUGAAAUGGUCAUGAAGGACGGCAAGAGGAAGUUGCUGGCUGCAGAGAGCUCGGACCUGCGGUCAGUAUGGAUGGAGUUCCUCUGGAAAGCCAUGCAACUUCCGGGGCCUGGGAAGAAGAACUCGGCCUGUACAUGGCAUGACAUUCCCCACCUGAUUCAAAGGGCAGCCUCACGCUGCCAGGAUAAAUCCAAGCGGGAGAAUUCUAUGGGAUCGCUCAGCUCCACGGAUACACAGAGCGAGGACAACAUGUCUGACACCGUACACCUCUCCUCCUCUGCCGCUUGCCGACAGUCCUUCUCCGCCUCACCAGACCUUCUAGAUGAAUCCUAUAACAGGAGCUCCAGCAACAUAACGUCAUCAAGUGAAGGAGGAGACUCCAUGGACAAUGACCCCGUCACCCCAUCGCAAGCGGCCACAGAUGACCAAAACAAACAGGAUAUGGAGACAGACGAUGCUCCAAGCCUGGACCCAAAGUCCACGGAUCGAGUAAACUGUCGGAGUGGAAUCUACAGUGUCCCGAAACCAGUGAUCAAGGAAAUGAGCACCACUGUUCAGCCCCACCCUGAGGAUCCGUUCCCCUCCAGCCCCGACGUCGGUCUGCUGGAUGAAAUCAUCUCGGACGUCACACACUCGACCUCUUGCUGGCUGGACCCCACCGACACAGAAUAAGCCCACGGUCAGCCACGGCGGGUAGAGCUGCUUGCCUCACAGCGCCAGAGACCCGGGUUCAAUCCUGGCUACGGGCGCUGACUGUGCGGACUUUGUACCUCCUUCCCCGUGACCGCGUGGGUUUUCUCCGGGUGCUCUGGUUUCCUCCCACACUCCAAAGAUGUGCAGGUUUGUAGGUUAAAAUGACUCUGUCCAUGCAUUUUAGAAGCAUAGAAUAUAGGGGCAGGAGUAGGCCAUUCGGCCCUUCGAGCCAGCACCGCCAUUCAAUAUGAUCAUGGCUGAUCAUCCAAAAUCUGUACCCCGUUCCUGCUUCUGCCCAAGCCGGCUGCCUGCCCCUAUUCCAGGGUUACGUCCGAUCCGGGUGGUUUUAGAGAGGGACUGCCUGCUGUCCAUGGGCACCCUGGGGGAUUUCCGGGACCGCUGGAAUGUAUCCACAGUAAGGAUGGGACAUAAUUAUUUAAUAUUCAGUAUUUAAGAAUAUCUGUUUUACUUUGUAUUAUGGUGGUGGGUUUGUUUGUAUUUUGUAUUGU